AGUGCCGCGCGGGAGCCACGGCUGAGCUGAGCAGCCUGCACCGCGGGACCUACGGGGCAAUCAAUCGCCCACGCAGAGCGAGCGGUGCGGUGCGGCCGCAGAGCAGGCGGAUCACCAAGCUGGGAGCGUGGAUGUGCCGGGCACCAGAGCACUGUCGAGGGCGACUGAACACCCAGCAGGGACUGAUGAUGCCCUUGGCCAUGGUACACCCCCAGCUGCUAUCUGCUCAUGUUCAGCCUGCAUGACUGAGCCACCGCUGCUCCAGCUAUUUCCUGUCAUCGCUCCCUUCACUGAGUCAGCAGCCGCGGCCCCCACCCCACUCUGGUUUAAGCAUAGCAAGUCCUCUGCCUUCAGGAAGCCCAUGCGGGCCUGGGUCCACUCAGCUCCUGUCCUCCUACCUACUACUGUGCAGAGAAUGUGGAUCGACUAUUCCUCACUUACCGGCAUGCGUCUUUGCAGAGUUUGAUGGGGCGCCGGGCGGAUGACAGCGGGAACGGUUGUGAUCACUGGCGGAAUCCUAGCUACAGUGAUCCUCCUCUGUAUCAUUGCUGUCCUGUGCUACUGUAGGCUCCAGUAUUACUGCUGCAAGAAGAGUACAGACGAUGAGGAUGCCGAGGAGGAGGAGGAGGAAGAGGAGGAACUCGACCUUUCCCUCCAUCCCCGAGCCCCCACCUGCAAUGCCUGCAGCUCCCAAGUCCUGGACGGCAGAGGCAACCCGGUGCCUCUCACCAGCGAGCCCUGCAGCCAGCCGUGUGGGGUGGCCAGCCACUGCACCACUUGCUCCCCAUACCGCACCCCCUUUUACAUACGGACAGCUGACAUGGUGCCCAAUGGGGGUGGAGGCGAGAGGCUCUCCUUUGCCCCUACACAUUACAAAGAGGGGGGGACCCCAUCCCUCAAAUUGGCAGCACCUCAGAGUUUCCCGGUGACCUGGCCAAGUUCUGGGCAUGAGGCCUUCACUAAUCCAAGGGCUAUUAGUACAGAUGUAUAAUCCUUUCACCCCAAUCUGCACAUACCCAACACUGUCCCAGCAGGAGCAAUGGAGUGGAGGGGACCCUCCAAUAGUCCCCCCCAGGAACCGUCUCAGUUUCUCUGGCUUCCAUAGCAGAAGAUUCACUAGGAUGUGAGCUAGUCAAUGUAUCAAGGACCAGGCAGGAUAGAUGGCCCAGAAGUGGCACCCCGAGAAGCCUGCAAUGUCACCAGUUUCUCUCCGACUCUUCCCUUUAACAGUCAGCUCUACCACACCUCCCAGUAAGCCCACACCCUUUGCUUCACUGGGCUGUGUGAAGGAACACCAAGGAAAGCAUAAGCAAAGGCUCUGGAGGCUUCCAGAGACCGUGGGAAACGAAGUGGGCAUGGACACAAAGGGGAAGGUGAGGAUUAGACAUUCCAGAAUUUGAGAGGAGAAAGAGGAAAAAGUGUUAAAGGAGCCCCCAGUUUUGCUGGCUAGAAUUCACUCAUGAGGUGAUUUACACUCUAUUUUAUUUUUUAACUUUGGUUGCCUGCUCGAUAGGUAUAUGAGUUCUGAGAACACCGCAUCUGCUAUCUUGCCCCUGCUCAUGAAACACAUCAAAUUAAUGCUAAGUGCCACAGCACACAGCUGUUUAUGGGGACCACAUCAAGGAGCGUCUAUACAACCUUGCUCUCCCCCCAAGUCC